GAAGACUAUGAUACUGGCAGUGAUUCUGGUGGACGUAAUCAGGGUAGAAAUAAUCGCAAUAACCGUGGUAAUCGUCCUGAUGAUUACGAUGACUACGAUGAUGAGCAAGGUGGUGAUCCUCGUAAUAACGGCCGUAAUAACAAUAAUAGGGGUGGCAAUAGAGAUCUCAGUGGUGGUGGUAGGAGUGGAAUGGGAGGUCGUGGUAGAGGAGGUGAUGGUAGAGGAGGUGGUGGUGGUGGUGGGGGCGGACCCAGUGGUGGCCAAGACAUGGAUCAGUUCGGUGAUACUGAUGUGUCCAAUGAAACCAUUGUUGACCCUAUGAUCGAUGAAAAUCUGGAACGUGCCAUCUAUAACAUAAGUUAUCAAGUUGGUUUUGGGGCCGGUUUUGGUGUGGGCCGGGAUGUAGGCCGAUUUCUCAAGGGCGUGAAAGACGGUGCUAAAGAUGGCGCCAACGAUAAACGGAAGGAUAAGAAGAAUAGGAAUAAACCGAAGCCUAAGCCCAGGGAUGAGGACCAGGAGGGGGACGACGACUCCGGCGACGAUUUUAUACGUAGCGACGGAACGGUAGGCCGGAAGGGAAAGGAUAAGGAGAAAAAAGGUCAAAAGGGUGGCGACGGAGGAGAUGAGGACGAAGAGGACAGGGAUCAGUCGGAUGACCAACAGGGAGGCAAAGGAAAGAAUAAAGGAAAGGGAGGCAAAGGAAAUGGAGGGAAUGAUGAAGAUGGUGGUGAUGAGGACGGGGAUAGUAAGGGAAAGGGAGGCAAAGGCAAAGGAAAGAGAGGACAGGGAGGUGACGGAGAAGAUGAUGAGGACGAGGAUAGUAACGGAAAGGGAGGCAAAGGAAAAGGAAAGGGAGGACAGGGAGGCGAUGGAGAAGAUGACGAGGAAGAGGAUAGUAAGGGAAAGGGAGGCAAAGGAAAAGGAAAGGGAGGACAGGGAGGCGAUGGAGAAGAUGACGAGGAAGAGGAUAGUAAGGGAAAGGGACGUAAAGGCAAAGGAAAGAGAGGACAGGGAGGUGACGGAGAAGAUGAUGAGGACGAGGAUAGUAACGGAAAGGGAGGCAAAGGAAAAGGAAAGGGAGGACAGGGAGGCGACGGAGAAGAUGAUGAGGACGAGGAUAGUAACGGAAAGGGAGGAAAAAGAAAGGGUAAAACAGAUGGGAAUGAGGAGGACGAGGAUGAAAGCGGCGGUAGAAAUAAGGGAACGGGAGGCAAAAAAGGUAACAAAGGUGGGGAUGAGGAUGAAGAGGGUGAUGAGGAGGGAAAGGGAGGUAAAAGAAAGGGCAAGAGAGCGGGUGACCAGAAACAGGACGAUGACGGGGAAGGGGAUGAGGACGACGGUAGGGGUAAAGGAAAGGGAAAGGGAGGCAAAAGGAAAGGUAAGGGUAGUGGUGGUGAAGAGGGGGAUGAGGAGGAAGACGAGGAGAGCGGGGGAAAGAGAAGCAGAAGUAAAAGGAAAGGAAAGGGAGGUUCUGGUGAUGAGGAGGAGGAUAAUGAGGGAAAGGGAGGUAAAGGAGGGAGAGGUAAAGGGAAAGGUAGUAAAGGCGAUGAGGACGAGGACGAGGAUGAUGAGGGAGGAAGCGGUAGUAGGAGAAGAAAAAGGAGGGGAAAGGGAGGACAGGGUGAUGAUGAUGAAGAUGACGAAGAUAAUGGAAAGGGAGGGAAAAAGUCAAGAAAGGGAAAGGGAGGCAAAGGUGGUGGAGAUGAUGACGAGGAGGAAGAUGAAGAUAGUGAGGGGACUGGGAGUAGUAAAAAGGGAAAGGGGUCUAAGAAUAAGAGAGGGACGGGUGAUGAGGACAGUGAGGACGGGGAUGAGAAUGAAGGGUCGAAACGUAAGACUAAUAGAAGUAGUCUAAAGGGUGGAAAUAGGGGCGUAGGAUCGGGUGGUGGGGCUGGUAGGCGUCUAUAA